AUGGCGCAAAGACAGGUUCUUAUGCUGGGCGCGGGGUUCGUCACACGGCCUACCCUCGACAUUCUCAGUGACGCUGGCAUCAAAGUCACCGUUGCUUGCAGAACUCUUAAGAGCGCGCAGGAGCUUUCAAAGGGUGUUAAGAACGCUCAUCCCAUCUCUCUCGAUGUUAACGACGACAAGGCCCUCGAUGCCGAGGUAGCAAAGAACGACCUAGUUAUAUCUCUGAUUCCUUACACUUUCCACGCUACCGUCAUCAAGAGCGCCAUUAGGCAGAAGAAGCACGUUGUCACCACGAGCUAUGUCUCGCCUGCCAUGAUGGAGCUUGAUCAGCAAUGCAAAGACGCCGGUAUAACCGUUAUGAACGAGAUUGGUGUGGACCCCGGUGUCGAUCACUUAUACGCCAUCAAGACCAUCUCUGAGGUCCAUGAGGCUGGUGGGAAGAUUCUAUCCUUCCUUUCAUACUGCGGCGGGUUACCGGCCCCUGAGGAUUCUGGAAACCCCCUUGGGUAUAAGUUCAGUUGGUCAUCUAGGGGUGUUCUCUUGGCCCUGCGAAAUGCCGCCAGCUAUUACCAAGGAGGAAAGGUCGUCAACGUGGAGGGACCCGCACUGAUGGCAGAGGCGAAGCCCUAUCCGAUAUACCCUGGCUUCGCAUUUGUUGCGUAUCCCAACAGAGACUCUACGCCAUACAAGGAGCGAUACAACAUUCCAGAGGCCCAGACUAUUGUUCGUGGCACUCUUCGAUAUGGAGGAUUCCCGGAGUUCAUCAAGUUACUGGUCGACUUGGGUUUCUUGAGCGAUAACGAGAACAGUGCUCUUAAGGAGCCAAUUUCAUGGAACGAGGCUACGCAAAAGAUCAUCGGAGCGUCUGGCAAUGGCGAGCAAGAUUUAAUCUCGGCAGUUGUUUCCAAGGCAAACUUCAAGGAUGACCAGCAGCGUGAGCAGCUUCUUGCCGGACUGAAGUGGAUCGGAUUGUUUUCCUCAGAAAAGAUUGUCCCCAAGGGCAACCCACUCGAUACCCUCUGCGCCACUUUAGAACAGAAGAUGCAGUAUGAGGAACGCGAGCGCGAUAUGGUCAUGCUUCAGCAUAAAUUCGAGAUUGAGCACAAGGAUGGUAGCAGAGAAACACGAACUUCGACGCUAUGCGAGUACGGUGCCCCCGUUGGAUCAGGAGGCUACUCUGCGAUGGCAAAAUGUGAGUUCGAAGUUGUUGACUCAUGGUGGGAGUACCUUGUGCUGUUGAUUGCUUAUGAUUUCUGUACAGCUGUCAAGCAAGUUCUCGACGGUACCAUCUCCGAUAAGGGCAUUCUAGCGCCAAUGUCCCCGAAGAUCAACAACCCACUAAUCAAGGAACUGAAGGAGAAAUAUGGUAUCGAGUGCAAGGAGAAGACAAUUGCGUAA